AUGGCAUUGAACGACAUUCGAGUCACGACAUUCUCUGACUUCAAAAUCGGUGCAGCUUGCGCCCGUCAACUUGUACAUCCUGGAGUUAAUCUCGCCUUGACCUACUCGACCAAUAUGGCAUCCUUGAACAAAAUUGUCGCAGAUACACGCUCCAAAAAUGUCACGCAGAGCCUUCGCAUCUCAAUCCACCAGGUUGAUGGGGGUUAUAGCGAUCAAAUCGAGUUUAUAUCUCAACAAAUCGAUUUGGAGCACGGCCAACGCCCAGAUAUUCUUAUAUCAAACGCCAGAUAUGGCAAGCGAAUUCUUGAUGUGUCGGAUAUCUCGGUUGAAGAGUUUGAUUACACUAUGAACAUCAAUCUGCGAGCUACCUUCAUUCUUGUCAAAGGCGUAGUAGAGCACAUGAAGGCCCAGAGGUGGGGACGGAUCAUCUUUAUGUCUUCCAUCGCCGCCCAAGGCGGAGGCAUUAAUGGCUGUCCCUCCAAGGGUGGUCUUACCGGUAUGAUGAAGAACCUUUCAACCCGACUAGCAGAGUAUAACAUUAGUGUCAACGACGUCGCUCCAGCUAUGAUCGGUGAUACAGGCAUGCUUUCUUCUGCCGCAGUAUUCCCAGAAGUGGCAGCAAGUAUUCCUCUAAAGCGGCUAGGAAUCCCAGCAGAAAAACAGCGAAUGUUGUUACCAUGCUGGUCAAGACUGGGUACAUGA